CCUGUUUUCGAUAGUAGAUGUUGGUGUCUACGAGGUAUGCAUUAGUACCUAAUUGUGAAGCUCUCCCCGGAUACCUGUCUCCCACACCUUCGGAAUUAUGUGCCUCCUUAGGACCUCUAUAUCAAUGGUGAAACUAGCCCUAAAAAGGGUCACUUGCUUCUGCUUAUGCAUGGCUCAACCAAUCAUCGAGAGGUCAAAGGCGUGACUCUCAAAACUGCUCGCACUCACUCUACCCUUAUAUCUUGCAAUCGUGUAUCUCGUCCAGAGAGUAUACCUCCGAACCUCUCGACAGCUCCGACUUCUCGAACUCGAAUCCCGGUCUGUGGUGAUCAUCGACUUCCUAGAGACCACGGAUGGACUGACCACAAUACGGGCAUUCGGGGGCCAGCCCAAGGCAGAGAUGGAGCAUCUCCGCCGUCUGGACGAGUCCCAGAAGCCGUUUUAUCUCCUCCUGUGUCUCCAGUGCUGGCUCAAGAUCGUGCUCGACCUUCUCGUCGCGGGGAUCGCGGUCGGCGUCAUUGCGCUGGCUGUUGUCCUCAGGGACACUACCUCCGGAGGCCAAAUAGGGUUGCGCUGAAUAUGGUACUGAUUGCAAAUACCACGCUACUCGGUCUGAUCGAGUCGUGGACGAAUAUGGAGAUAGCUCUUGGCGCGAUUGCUAGGAUAAAGGGGCUCGAGGACGAGGUUGCGCCGGAAGACCGGCCGUUCGAGGCGGUGGUGCCUCUGGAGGCAUGGCCAAGGCGUGGGGAGGUCAAUAUCGUAAAUAUCACUGCUUCAUACUCCCCGGAUGUCAAGACGCUGGACGAUAUAUCGUUGCAGAUCAGCCCUGGCCAGAAUGUCGUCAUAUGUGGUCGAACAGGAAGCGGCGAAAGCUCCCUCCUCCUCACCUUCCUCAAGCUCCUAGACAUAAACUCCGGCUCCAUCACCAUCGACGACAUCAACCUCCGCCCCAUCCCUCGCUCCGUCCUGCGCCCCCGCUGCUUCGUCACCGUCCCCCAGGACCCCCUCCUCUUCCCCCAAGCCAGCCUCCGCCCCAACCUUGAUCCCUCGCAAACCCUGGCAAACGAUACCAUUGUCCGCGCUCUAAACACCGUGCGUUUGUGGGGGCACUUCACCACGACUCCUCGCACGAUGCAAUCGCUCACCACCCCGUUCUAAAGCAGCCGUUGUCAUCAUCCCCCCCACUCUCAGUAGGCCAGGGAUAGCUCCUCGCGCUUGCGCGCGCACUGUUGCAGGUCCACGCUCUGAGCAUAUCCGGCGCGAACCCAGUCGUUCUGCUGGACGAGGCAACGGCGUUGCUGGAUGUGGCGAUCGAGGAGCUGAUUCUUGAUAUUGUACACACGAGGAGCUUACGGAAGGGGGGUAUACGGUGGUUAUGGUGGCGCAUAGGGUGGGCGCGGCGGUGAAGAGGGGGAGGGAUGUGGU